AUGCUAAUAGACAAGGAUACGAGGAUCCCAGGAGUUCCACACAACGAUGAGUUUGAUAAUUGGCUACUUAAGGAUAAUUUUAUAAAGGUUCAUCCAGGAUUGACGAUUGGAUCCAGCAAGCUAGGUGGAAUUGGGCUAUUUUUCAACCAAGACAAGGAUGCCGGAGUCAAAGAUGAUAUACUUGCCAGGAUACCUAAGGAUGCGACUUUUGAUUACAUGGGUUUGUUACAAAUAUUGGAAGGGUUAAAGGAGGCUGAAAAAGAUCAGGAAGCUGAGGGGGAGGAAGUUGCUGAGUCAAGCAUUAUCACAGCGGUAUUGAAAAGUGUGCAACCAAGCAACGAAACGGAGAUACUUACAUGCUAUUUCAUUGGACUCAGGAUUUGCUACAAUAGACGUUAUCUGACGGAAGUGAAGACCGAGUCACCUUUGUCCAAGUUUGACCCAUAUUUGAACGUUUUGGCUCAUACUGAGGUUUUGGGCUUACCCCAGGAAGACGUAGGCUAUGAAGAUGAAUUUAUUCGCAGGCUAAGAGCAAAUGCAGACCGCCUACACGAAGAGUAUAAUGAGCUUAUAGAGGAUAUUGAACAUGUACAUCCUUGCUUGACAUUCGAGGAAUAUUAUCAACUCUGUGGUGCUAUCAAGUCGAGAGUGUUGGAAAUUCCACAUAGCAGCGAAACCGAAGAAGAUUAUUACACCAAUAUCACAUUGAUUCCUUUGCUCGAUUUUGCUAAUCACCUGAACGCAUCACGAAGUCAUGCAUACUUUGACGUUGACAAAUCGACGAACGACGUGUUGUUGAAAUUGAACCGUCUGAGAAUGCCACAAGGUGUCUUUGAGAUCACCAUUAGUUAUUCCACCACCGAAUCCAUUCAGCAUUUCAUAGAGACAUAUGGGUUUAUUCCACAGAGUAACGAUUUUCAGCUCCUUGAAUAUAGGGUAUCCCCCGAUGUCUGCAACCACCACAUCAAUGCGAUUAUGAACACAUCAGGACAACCAUACGAUAAAAUAAUGAAAUGGCUACGUAUAUUGCCGCAAUUCCAGCUUGUCAAAUCUUCAGAUGAUAUCUUCGUGAACUUAUUCAGUAAUAGCCUCCCACUUAUAUUCAUCGACGGAUUACAAUACGAUGAUAAAUGGACCGAAAAUGCCUACGAAUCCUUCAAAGAGUUCAACGGGAUUGAAUUGUCCCAGGAGGAAUUUACUCAGUCUGUUUUACCCAUGUUACAACGCCAAGAGUCGGAUUAUGACUUUAUCAAUGCCAUUGGCCAGAUCGGUGUCGUCUGCAACAAAGAAUUCCCAGCACAAGAAUCAAUUUUACAAGUCUCAAAUUACGACUCCGAUGAGGCGUUCCAACUGCUUAUCUCUAAGUGUAAUUCAUUCAUCGUCAAUGUAGCACAUGCUGCGCUCGAUGCCAAGCCUCCGUCUUCUUCAUCUAAAAGUUUCUCCCAAAUGACUACAAGCUACUACAAAGUACAACACACCUUCUUUCUGGCUCUCGUCGAAAAAUAUGACAAAACCAAGGACUUGUCAUUACCAAUUGAACUAGCAAAAGAUGAAUGGGAAACCGAAUACAGGUCUGCCCCUAAACAAAUUACUCUAAACUAA